UUUGUGUAGAUUUCUGAGGAGUGUACACAUGGAUCAGACCUAAGUGUGCGAAGGACUCUGGAAUCUUGAGGUUUUAAAGUUGCAUUUCUUCCUUUGCCAAUUUAUCUGCCUCUUCCACUGCAGUCAUGAUCUUCGCAAUUAUCUAUUUCUCACUCUGAGAUUCGUCGUUUAACACUUUCAUAUUUGAUGUUUUAUUAGGUCUUAACUAACGCUGUGCAAUAUGGAGCAAUUUGCACCACAGUUCCACAAACAGAAUAAUAUAUAUUCUCUGUUAGUUAAAACAUCUUCACUGACUGUGAUGCCUCACUAAUGCAGCCAACCUGACUGUCAAAGGUCUUAGUUCUCACUCACUGCCCUGCAAGGCAAUAAGACACUAAUGUACUAUGUUUUACACUUAAUCCGGUGUACAAUAUAUAUUUUAUUGGCAGUGAAUGGCACAAUAAACCCCGAGGUGCAUUUGAGUCAUGCUAAUUUAACAUUUAAAAUCACAUCAGGCAUUCAUACAGUCAAUAUAAUGUCCUAGUAAAUCAGAAUUAGUGGAAGAUAUUACCUCCGCCUGGAUUCAGAAGUCCUACUUUUAUCAAAAAGAGCAUUCAUUUAUGUCUUUUCCAUCUUAUAUGAAACUAAUGGAGUUUAAUACAGUUGAUCAGUUUAUAUAAUAAUCACUGAGUCUGUGUGAGGCUAAAAAGAAGCAUGGUGACUGACUUCAGGUGCGUUUACUCUUCCCUAGUCUGAACACACUGCUGGCUACUGCCUCUGCUGCUGCUGAGAAUGAGAGAAAUGAUACUGCAAUUCCCGCGCCAUGUAACACUGCAUCUCCUUCUCCAUCAUCUCCAUCUCUUGAUGCCAGUCUGAGCCCCCCUCCGUGACUUUCUGUUUGCAGUUUGGUGACGUAGAGAGACAGGAGGACAGAGAGAGAGAGGGAGAGGGGGAGAGAGAGAGAGAGAGAGAGAGAGAUGCCGAGAUGGAUUGAUAGACAAAUGCAGAGAGGGCGGAACUUGGAAUUACAGUACAGCGCUUAUUCCUCACGUAUUUUGCCAUCUUGUGAUGAUGAUGAUGAUCGCAGGUGCUGGACAUGGGUAAAUCGAGGUCUCUGGCAAAAGAGGACAAGGAAACACAAGGAUACAUUACUUAUCAGAGCUGUGCGCUGCGCUUACACGGGACUUAUUUGUUUGGUUAUCGCCAGAGUUUAUUUAUUUUUUAGUUUUGGUGUGCGUAAAAGGCGCAGCAAAGUAUCGUCCCCCUCCAAACAGCACUGGAGAUUAGGGGGAUUUUUUCCCGGGGGGGGAGUGAACUGAAAACUUGGGUUUCGAGGUUCUUUCUUGCUGCUUCUGAUUUUUAAACCCUGCCAUGAGAGACAUGAAGGAAGAUGAUCUUUGAUGGACAUGAAGGUGUCAGGAGCUGGCCGAAUCCCUUCGUAAUUUCUCCACUUAUUGUCGAAGCCGACUCAGCUAUCAAGUCCAAAAAAGAGCAGCCAGUUUGAAAAAAAAAGAAGAUAUUUUCAGCUCCGAGAUCAAACCUCCUUCCCCCCGAAAUCCGGGAUGAUUUCUCCAAACUGACAGACUUGAUUUGUUUGUAAUUCCUGCAUGAGAAGCACCGUGGAAAGUGACGGUCACUAUGCCGAGGAGAAAGCAGCAAGAGCCGCGGCGAUCAGCAGCAUACAUGCCCGAGGAUGAGCUUAAGGCACCCGCUCAAGAUGAGGAAGAGCACCUGCAGGAUGACGGCCUCUCAUUAGACGGCCAGGACACUGAGUUCCUGUGCAAUGAGGAAGAGGAAGAUGCGGAUGGAGGCCAGCCACCUAGUUACAGAGACUCUCCACUCAGCAAUGGCACUAACCCUGACGCUGGAUAUGGGUCUCCACUCAGUGAUGCCAGCGACCGACUUCCGGACUUCAAGAGCACCUCUUCCAGAGACGGUCAGGAGAGGGAAGGCACAGCUUUGCCCUUCCGCCCCAACAACGGCCUCUCUUUCCAGGAUAGCCUGGCACAGAUGAAAGCCGUCUAUGCAAACCUCAUCUCAGAUGCCUCUUGGUCCAGUAUCACAAUGGACAUCAUGAAAUCUAAGCCUGCUGCAGCUGGCAGUGUCAACAGUGCCCUCACCACUCCAGAGCCUGCGUCUACUGCUCCUGUCUCCAUAACUACAACCACAAACAAGAGCAGCGGGGUCAAUGUGGCUAGCAGUCACCAUAAUGGCAGAAGCUCCAGCACCACUGUCAACCACACAAGCAGCACAAGUGGCAAUACUAAUGGCACAGCAGCUUGCUCUGUCAGCAGCCACAGUGCAACCAGCAGCAGUGGGGGCAGCAGUGGUGGGGCUAGUAAUGGUAGUGGUGUGGCUUAUGACUGGCACCAGGCAGCACUUGCCAAAACUCUUCAGCAGACCCCCUACCACCUUUUACCGGAGCCCAGCCUCUUCAGCACAGUGCAGCUCUACCGGCAGAACAACAAGCUGUAUGGCUCUGUUUUCACUGGUGCAAGCAAGUUUCGCUGCAAAGACUGCAGCGCUGCCUAUGAUACACUGGUGGGUUUGACAGUCCACAUGAAUGAGACAGGCCACUAUCGAGAUGACAACAAAGACAAAGAGGAGGAGCAGGGGAAGCGCUGGUCCAAACCACGUAAGCGCUCCCUGAUGGAGAUGGAGGGGAAAGAGGAUGCCCAGAAGGUGCUGAAGUGCAUGUACUGUGGCCACUCAUUUGAGUCUCUGCAAGAUCUCAGCGUUCAUAUGAUCAAGACCAAGCAUUACCAGAAAGUGCCUCUCAAAGAACCAGUGCCAGCCUUGGCCACUAAACUGGUACAAAGUUCAGCUAAAAAACGAGCUAUCCAAGAUGCUAUAGUCUCCCCGUGCUCCCCAGACUCAAUCCAUGCUGGUAGUGGUGGUGGUGGCAGUGUAUCCCUUGGGGAUGUUGGCAAAGACACAAAAUCUGCAGCUAACCCCUAUGUUACACCAAACAACCGCUAUGGCUACCAGAAUGGUGCGAGCUACACGUGGCAGUUUGAAGCUCGUAAAGCCCAGAUCCUCAAAUGCAUGGAGUGUGGGAGCUCUCAUGAUACUCUGCAACAGCUGACUGCCCACAUGAUGGUCACAGGUCACUUUUUGAAGGUUACAAAUUCUGCAUCCAAGAAAGGCAAACAGCUGGUUUUUGAUCCAGUGGUGGAAGAGAAGAUUCAGUCUAUCCCACUGCCACCAACCACCACCAGACUCCCUGUUCCCACUAGUGUUAAGUCCCAGCCAGUGUCCCCUGCCCUGUCCUCUGGCUCAGAGGAAAAGAGGGAAGGAGGUGAGGAUGAAAAGGUUGAAGGUGGUGAGCCACUGGAAAGAAAAAUCAAGGAGGAGAAAGAUGACUCAGGUGAGAAAUCUGAGACUGAUGCCACAUCAUAUAAAUACCUUAGGGAAGAAGAUCUGGAGGAAGCACCUAAAGAAGGUUUAGAUAUUCUUAAAUCCCUUGAGAACACAGUAUCCAGUGCCAUCAGCAAGGCUCAGACAGGCACACCUACAUGGGGUGGCUACCCUAGCAUUCAUGCAGCCUACCAGCUGCAGGGUGCCAUGAAGAGCUCCACUUCUAUUCUACCCCCAAUGGUCCAGAGUGUCCAGAUGCAGCCAAUGUUUAACAGUGGGCUACGAGGCCUGGUGAAUGACCCCAACUCAGUCAUUCACUCGCCUCGAAGCCCAUCCUCCCCUACCCCCCUCAGGAGCAAUGUCACUGCCAUGGAGGAGCUUGUGGAGAAAGUGACAGGGAAGGCUGCCACUGUGAAGAAAGAAAAGGAAGAGAAGAUGGUGAGCAUGGAACGAUGUCGGGCCCCAUCAUUAGUAAAAUCCCCCUCUCCUGCACUGAGAGAGCAGCGAGAGCAGUUAGCGUCUCCAAAUGACCUUUCAGUAGGUAAACCGUCUGGUAUGAGAAGUAGCAGCCCGGGCAGUGUAGAUUCAGAGCUCAUCUGCAAGAAGGAGCCCAAAGAGAGCCUUGUAGAUAGCCACAACAACCAUUCAAAGAACGGCUCUGAGGCGUGUCAAUCCCCAGUAACUAAUGGUAACAGUCUUGGCAUCAUCACCGAUCACUCACCGGAAAGUCCUUUCAUCAAUCCUCUCAGUGCGCUCCAGUCAAUCAUGAACACUCACCUGGGUAAGGCUUCUAAACCAGUAAGCCCAGCUGCUGACCCACUAUCUAUGCUUUACAAAAUUAGCAACAGCAUGAUGGAAAAGCCAGCUUUCAACCCAACUCCUCAGGGCAAGCCAGCUGAGCCCAUCAACCACUAUCAGUUGUAUGAAAACAGUGACCAGCCCAUAGACCUGAGUAAACAUAAGUCCGCCACUAACAGCAACAAUAACAAUAACAACAGCAGCAGUGUGCUCUUGACCAACAAUAGUGUAAAUGGUAAUAAACCCCUCAUUUCCCUCCCUGACUCAGUCUCCUCUCCUCUGAGAGAGAAUGCUCUGAUGGACAUUUCCGAUAUGGUAAAGAACCUCACUGGAAGACUGACGCCCAAAUCUUCCACUCCCUCCUCCAUCUCAGAGAAGUCAGAUGCCGAUGGCAGUGCAUUUGAGGACGCCCUAGAGGACCUCUCACCAGUGCAGAAGAGGAAAGGGAGGCAGUCCAACUGGAAUCCCCAACACCUCCUCAUCCUCCAGGCACAGUUUGCUUCCAGCCUGAGGGAGACCUCAGAGGGCCGCUACGCCAUGACUGACCUGGGCCCCCAGGAAAGGGUCCACAUCUGCAAGUUCACAGGCCUCUCCAUGACCACCAUAUCCCACUGGCUGGCUAAUGUCAAGUACCAGCUGAGACGGACUGGGGGCACCAAGUUUCUCAAGAACAUGGACUCGUGCCAGCCUGUGUUCCUCUGUGGUGACUGUGCCUCCCAGUUCAGGACUCCCUCCUCCUACAUCGGCCACCUGGAGUCUCACCUGGGCUUCAGCUUGAAGGACCUGUCCAAACUGUCAGCUGAGCACCUACGGGAGCAGCAGGCUGCCUCAAAGGUGAUCACAGACAAAAUGACAUUCGGCAGCCCCCUGUCAGCCUUGACCACGCCAGAGGACGACACAGGCUCUGUGUACCAGUGCAGACUUUGCAAUCGGACAUUCGUCAGCAAACACGCAGUCAAACUGCACCUCAGCAAGACCCACGGCAAGUCUCCAGAGGACCACCUGGUGUUUGUCACUGCUCUGGAGAAACUGGAGAAGCUAGACAAGAUGGAGAAGGUUUAAGGGGGGUCUUGUGCUGAGGGUAGAGACUGACAGCUGUGGAACUGAUUAGAAUUUCAUUGCACUAAAAUGACAUUGUUCACAGUUACUGCACUGGGCCGAACUGAGCCGCCAGAAAAAAUCGGUCUUAUUAUUUUUUGUUGUGAUAACUGCCUGACUGGACCAUGUCUUUUCAUGUUGAUUUGUUUUUGUUUUGCCAAGCUUUUUUACACUUAUUUUGUAAUAUAUUUAUAUGCUAUUUGUCUGAUCUGUGCAUGUAUUUUAGUGAAUCAAGGUUAAACACAAGAUUUUAAUCUUUUCAUGGCAAAAAUACAACUACUGCUUCAAUGGUAAAAGUGGUGAGUGGAAAAAGAAUUGGUGGGAGAGAAAACUGUAUAAUACUUGAUAUGAAGAAGGUGAAAAUUAAAUGUAUACACCAAAAGAAUGAAAGAAUACCCUGAAAGACUGAAGUAGCACCUUAGACAGUUGAAUUUUGAAUUUGUAAAGAGGACAUGUUUUGAAAUAUCUUGCAUUUGUCAAAACCAGAUUGAUUUUAAAAGAUCAAGGAUUAUCAUUUCCCCCCUCUCCUUUUUGGGUUCCUGUCACUGCAAUGUUUUUGAUGAUGAAUGGCCUGCUCAUAAAUCUGUCAGUGUAUAAGAAAAAAGAUCACGUGAACAUUCGGAAAAACUGAAAUGCUGCUUCUGGUUACGAGUCAAUCAGUGAAAAUGAAUGGCCGUCAGUAUGCAAGUUUGCUCAAAAAACUUUUCCUUGUUGUGAAGUAUCACCUUAUAGCAAUUUUCCAGUUGUAUGGUUUGUUACAACUUUCUCUUUCUAAAUUGUGUCGCUUUAUUCAACUGUAAAGAGAACAGUCCGUUACAUGUAAAUGAUUACCAGUGAAAUGUCAGUACUCCAUAAGACAUAUCUUACCAUUUGAAACGGCUCAACAUUCUUUGUAUCUUAAGGUGUGUGCAUUCUCUAACUUUUAUAUUGUCAUUUUAUAUACAAAAAUGAUAAAAAAUAAAAACAGAUGGUGUAUAUAGAUAUAUGCUGUAGAGCUACAAAAUGUCCUUUUUUAAAGAAAAUACAAAUUUAGCUUCUUUGGCUUGGUUUACAGAAAUGAUUUUAAUUAUACUUGCAUCCAAUUUGAUGCAUGAAAUGGUGUGGAAAAUAAAUAAGCGAUGCACAAUGACUAUACAUUUCAAUGUUUUAUCGACAAUAUUGUAAAAAAAAAAAAAAAUUUUUAGCACCGAUUAGUUUGUUUCAUUUAUUUCUCAAUUGUAAAAUAAACCCCAAAGCAGUUGUUAACAGUCA